AUGGACCAAGAAAUUCAGAAGAAAAUCGAGGAAACAGUGUUGGAUGUGCUAAAAAAGUCGGACAUGAACGAAACGACCGAGUACAAUGUCCGCAAAAUGGCCUCCGAAAAGCUCGGACUCGAUCUCUCCCAACCGGACAGAAAGAGAUUUGUAAGGCAAGUUGUUGAAUCGUACCUCAUUCAACAACAGUCCAAACCAGAACAAGAAGAAGAAGAAGAAGAAGAGCCAGAGGAAGAAGAAGAAGAGGAAAAGAGGAAGAGAAAGAGAGCUGGCGAGAAAGAGUUAGAGUAUGAUGAUGAUGAUGAUGAUGAUGGCGAUCUCAUUAUAUGUAGAUUAACAAAGAGUAGAAGGGUGACGAUUACAGAUUUUAGAGGGAAGACUUUGGUGUCAAUAAGGGAGUACUACAGAAAAGAUGGCAAAGAACUUCCAACAUCUAAAGGAAUUAGCUUGACAACUGAGCAGUGGUCGUCCUUCAAGAAGAAUGUACCUGCCAUAGAGAAAGCCAUAAGGAAAAUGAAGUCAAGGUUGAACUGAGAGCACUGCCGGCCAUUCAGAUGCUGAGGCCAAGCAGAAUGAAAAUUCGGUUGUUUGGACAUUGAAACCCUUCAUGUAGUUAUGUGGUUGGGCUCUGUUUCUUGGCUUUCUCUAUGGUAAGUUUUAUGGAGUGCUUAUUUGAUUUUUGAUGUCUGAAGCUUUUCACUGGGAACUUCAACUUCUAUGUUGUUUUUGACAAAGCUUGGUGUUUGCAGAGCCCAUUAGAUGUUGACCAACUGGUUAAUGAUGUGUAUAUAUAUAUAUAUAUAUAUAUAUAUAUAUAUA